UCAGAUGUUAAUCUACGUUUACCGUACCUCAUACUAAACAAGGGCACUCCAAAUUUGCACCGCGUGUCUACUAUCGACAUUAAGCUUGACGCGGGAAGAAGUCGACAUUUUAUAUUCUCGCUUCAAGUCAAAUUAGUUCACUGGGCGAGGAAAGUAGCUCAUAAUUUAUGCGGCGAACUUGUAACUUUGUCAACACUCUCCAGGAAAUGAAGACGUUAACAUUUGGGCUAACUUUUGUUCGACAUGGAGAAACGCAGUUCAACAAAGAUGGCCUGCUGCAAGGUCAAGCUAUAGACUGUCCGCUGUCUGAGGUCGGGUUGCAACAGGCGGCGGAUGCAGGCCGCUACCUAAAAGAUGUCAAGUUCACCAACGUGUUUGUCAGUGACAUGCUGCGAGCGCGACAGACUGCUGAAACCAUAAUGAAACACAACAGCAGUUGUUUGUGUUUACAACUGGUGUGUGACCCCCUACUUAAGGAGAAAAGCUUUGGCAUCGCAGAGGGGCAGUGUUUGCAGGACGUGAAAGAGAUGGCCAAGACUGCUGGUCAAUCCUUUCUUGACUUCACUCCUCCUCAAGGAGAGACUCGGGAGCAGGUGAAGCGGCGCGUCCAAGAGUUUUGGCUCAAAAUGCUCCAUCAAAUGGGUUGUGAACAUUGGCCCGACGACGAAGUCUCUCUAUCGACUCCAGCAGCAGCCUCGCCUCAUGUCGAGGGCGAGGCCGACGACAUCCCCGUCCACGCCUUGGUGGUCGGCCACGGGGCCUACAUGUACGUGGCCAUGUGCUACCUUGUGGACGAUUUACAUUGCUCCAUACCUCAGGGCUGCACGAGAGCACACAUGUUCUCUUUGAGUCCAAACGCAGGUGUGAGUCGCUUUGUGCUCACCUUAAACAAGGACGAAGACGCCUUCAAAGUGUCUGACAUACGCUGCUUGUUUGUCAACAAGGGAGAUCAUGUCAAAACAUAGCUCCUGUUUGCAAACCUUCUCAUUGAAGGUUCAUGGAGUUCUUUCUCAAGAACAGACAGUUUAGGCGAGAGGACAGGGAGGGUUUUCUGAAUUCUUUCUAGCAUUUUUAACUGUCAAACACAUGUCAAAAGAAGUUCACCGCUAUAUAGUAACAUUAAAAUAGUGUUCUUGAUGUCUUACCAAAUGUGCAUGGGGUCAUUUCUGUGUACACUUGGGAGGUGUGUCCCUUCACCUUAAAACAAAGCGCACCUGACUUUGCGGUAUACAAAUUUACACCAAAUUGUAGUAUUAAACAGUGUUAUGCAUCAUACUAUCUGUAAUUACAAC